GUCUCCAUCCCAACUUAUAUCCGCUGUCCCUUCGUCGUCCCCGCUGGGUCGAUGGAUUGCGCCGCGGUUGACUAUAACCCGUCGUGUUUCCGUGGUCACCGCCGUCUAGCUUCUUAGGUAGCUGCCAUGCGCGCCGCCGUUGUCCUCCUCAUCUCUGUCGUCGCGCUGUCGCUGCUCCGCCCGGCGCGAUGCCAGCUACCGCCAGGCGGCGUUGUCGGCCGCGCGCCGCCGCCGAUCGCGCAGGUGAUCGAGGGCGCGCCGCCGCUGCCGGUCGUGCAGCCGCAGGACGGCCUCGAGAAGGACCUCCGGUCCGUCAGCGACAAGCUCACCGCCGAGCUGCAGAAGAAGUACGGCUUCUGCAUGGCCGACGCGCAAACCGAUUUCAACCUGACGUUCGACUACACCGCCGACCCGAGCUUCGCCUCCGACUGCAUGGAGCAGACAAGAGGGCAAAUGACUGCAAUGUUGUGUGGGCAAGCUGAAAUAGAGUUAUACAUCGAAAGCUUGGCUAAUGCUAGCAGUCGCAGUAAUCCCAGGAUAAGUCCGAACUGCAACCAAAACUCAUGGGCACUCGGGUGCCAGCCUGGCUGGGCUUGCAUGGUAUCAGGCACCGAACCAUCUGAUGGACCAUCAGCUGAAUUGGUUCCGCAAAGAGCAGAGAGCUGCAGGCCAUGUUGUCCGGGUUUCUUCUGCCCUCGGGGCCUGACAUGCAUGAUGCCUUGUCCUUUGGGUGCUUAUUGUCCACUUGGGACAUUGAACGACACUACUGGACUUUGUGAUCCGUAUUUUUACCAAAUUACUCCAGGAAAGAGCACUGCAUGUGGUGCAGCAGAUUCUUGGGCUGAUAUUGUUACAACUAAUGAUAUCUUCUGCCCUCCAGGGCACUACUGUCCAUCCACAACCCAGAAAUACAAUUGCAGCAGUGGGCACUAUUGCCGCAAAGGUUCCACCGAUGAAAAGAAGUGCUUUUGGAAAAACACUUGCAAGGAUAAUGCGAUAAAAGAAAAUCUGACUUUUUAUGGCAUUAUAUUAAUUGCUAUCUUGGGCUUUGUUUUGCUACUGGUGUACAACUGUUCUGGCCUAUUCAUUUCAUUUCAAGUAAAAAUGUCAUCCAGAUCUCGUAAAAAGGCUGCAAAAAGGGCAGAUAAGUCAGCCGCAGCACGUGAAAGAUGGAAAUUGGCAAAAGAACUUAUACUGCGGCAUGAGGUUCCCACUGAAGGGUUCGGGCAUGCUUAUAAUCAGGCAGAUACGGAUAGAGCUAUGAAGACAAACAAUGAUAAAUUAACAUUCUCUGGAGUGGUGUCUCUAGCUACUGAAAUUAGGCCACGAAGGCCAACACUUGAAGUGGCUUUCAGAGGUCUAACGCUAUCUAUUGGAAAAAAGAAACUUCUGCAAUGUGUUACAGGAAAACUUUCACCAGGUAGGGUCACAGCUAUAAUGGGCCCUUCUGGAGCAGGAAAGACUACUUUUCUCAAUGCUGUAUUAGGUAAAACGUCUGGGUACAAGAAGGAUGGGGUAGUCCUUAUAAAUGGGUUACCUGGAUUAAUGCAGUCAUAUAAGAAGAUAAUUGGUUUUGUGCCUCAAGAUGAUAUUGUCCAUGGGAACCUGACCGUCGAGGAAAAUCUGUGGUUUAGUUCAUGUUGCAGGUUAAGCAAAGGCAUGUCAAGAUCUCAUAAGGUUAGAAUUCUUGAACGGGUUAUUGAGUCAUUAGGGCUUAAAGAAAUUAGAAAUUCUCUCGUUGGGACUGUGGAGAAGCGGGGCAUUUCUGGAGGACAAAGGAAACGUGUUAAUGUUGGGAUUGAAAUGGUUAUGGAACCAUCUCUUCUGAUAUUAGACGAGCCAACUACAGGUUUAGACAGUGCUUCCUCUCAGCUACUUCUAAGGGCACUUCGACAUGAAGCACUUGAAGGUGUAAAUGUUUGUGCAGUGGUUCACCAACCGAGCUAUACUUUGUUCAACAUGUUUGAUGACUUUGUCCUUUUGGCAAGAGGUGGCCUUAUUGCUUAUCAUGGACCUAUAUAUGAAGUUGAAACGUACUUCGCAGGUCUGGGGAUCAAGGUGCCAGACCGUGAGAAUCCUCCAGACUAUUUCAUUGACAUUUUAGAGGGAAUAGUAAAGACAAAAAUGAGGGGAAAUGUCACACCUAAACACUUGCCACUCCUUUGGAUGCUACAUAAUGGUUAUGAAGUUCCAGAUGAUUUGCAGAAGGACCUUGAGAACAUCGAUACAAUUCGUGAGUUAUAUACUGUUCGGUCCAUUUCUAGCGAACAGUCUUCAGAAGAACAGUCAGAAAAUACAGAUUCUGUGCACCGUAAUCUGAGUCAAUCAAAUGAAUUACUGGAAAGGAAAACACCUGGUGUGUUUGCACAAUAUGGGUACUAUUUGGGGAGGGUAGCAAAGCAAAGGUUGCGUGAAGCUACACAGCAGGCCGUUGAUUACCUAAUAUUGUGUAUUGCUGGUAUAUGCAUUGGUACAAUUGCUAGAGUUCGAGAUGAUUCAUUCGGUGUAGCUUCUUAUGGAUAUACCAUAAUGGCAGUUUCACUGCUAUGCCAGCUUGCGUCAUUGCGGUCAUUUUCACCUGAAAAAUUGCAAUAUUGGAGGGAGAGAGAAUCUGGCAUGAGCUCUCUAGCUUACUUUCUUGCAAGAGAUACUGUUGACCAUUUCAAUACUGCCGUUAAGCCAAUCAUAUUUCUCUCAACAUUUUAUUUCUUCAAUAACCCACGGUCGACUCUUAGAGACAAUUAUUUGGUUUUACUGGCCCUAAUUUAUUGUGUAACCGGCAUAGGUUACUCUUUUGCUAUUUGGUUUGAGCUCGGAUUAGCACAGUUGAGCUCUGCAAUAGUACCUGUUGUUCUGGUCCUGGUGGGCACUAAACCUGACCUUCCGAGGGUUAUAAGGGAAUUGUGCUAUCCAAAGUGGGCUCUAGAAGCAUUCAUCAUUGCAGGAGCAAAAAAAUAUUCAGGUGUGUGGCUCAUCACUAGAUGUGGAGCAUUGAUCCAAGGGGACUAUGAUAUCAACGAUUUUAAUCUUUGCAUCACCAUUAUUAUACUCUAUGGUGUGCUCUUCCGUCUUGUUGCGUUUCUUAGCAUGUUAAAGUUGAAAUAGAUGGCAGGAUCCAGUGUCGUCACAACCUGUUCAAGAACAUUGUCUAUUCUCCAAUUUGUGAAGUGUGUAAUAUUGAAGAUGAAACUUCUGAUCAAAUCAUCUUCCGCUGUGGUUUUGCUGUGGCCUUCUUGGAGGCAAUUGUUUUUUCAUGGCCUACUGAUCAACCGAUCAGCGAGUUAUACCGGACGGAGUUCCAUCCCUGAGGAGCAGUUUGGAACUUUCAUUGCAUUAUGCUGCUGGCAGCUUUGGAAGCGUUGGAAUGGUAUCGUCUCCAGGAAUGAAACUCAAUCCCUGCAGCAGGUCUUAGCAGCUUGUAAAAUUGAGGCUCAACUUUGGCGUCUCAGAAUGCCAGUAGCCUCCAGAGCCAUAGCAGAUCUCUGGUGCAAUUUGUUUAACUAUGUAAUGCAACUCUGCCAAAGCAAAGCCUCUCUCCUCCACGCCGACAAAACAUUUUGUGCCAGCUCAAAUGUAAUCAGGCCCUUCAAAUUUUGAAAUAAAAUAAAUUUGGGGGAACACAUCCUCCGGUGACAUUUCAAAAAAAAGAAGGGUCUUGUCAUCUUAUGGACAAGAGGGAUAGCGUAGAGUUUUAUCUUACUGUACACCUUUGAUUAUUUUGUUUGAUAUAUAUACUACAUGAAAGAAGACUAUCUCAUAUAGGAAGCUGCACUCGGGAGUAGAGCAAAACAAAUAUAUACUGAAUUUUGUAUCUACAAUUGUUGUCCGUAAUCCCGUGAGAAUGGAAUGUAAACCAAUAUUUUCCUAAUGUAUAUGGACACAGUUCUUUUAUGGGAA